AUGGAGUUAGUCGAUGCAGAUGUGAUCUACUACAAGUGCGGCAAGCGAGGCAGUAUGAUGACUUGCCGCUAUGUCAAAGUUGCUGCUGGUGCUAAGGCAGCAAGCAAAAGGUCUCCCAACCCGAAGGGAGGUGCGAAAAACCAGCGUGCACGACGCACGGGUUCAGCACCUGCCCAAGAUGGGUCGGAAAAAAAAUGCGGGAGCGCAGUAGGGGCGGGAUGUCCUACUGUCACGGACUCUGAAGCUACCCCUAAGUUCAGAGUGAUCGAACAAAUGGGUAGCAUAGUCCCUGAGGUUCCUAAAGUUGAUUCGGGUGCAUCACAAAACGUUGUGAAACUCGCGGCUCUGAAAAAGAGUCCGGCGAGUUAUGAGUCGCUUUGCCAGGAUGGCAAGCGAGAAGAGGCGAUCGUUCGUUUAGCGAACGGCGCGCUCGGUAAAUCGGAGGGAGUUCAAGUUGAACUUGUCUUCAGUUUCAGUGACUUCUCUUGUAAAGAGAAGUUCACAGUGCUAGGUAUGGAGAGUCCACUGGACACCGGAAAGGAUGUGCUCUUGCGAGAGGCUUAUGUGGCUGAUGUUAUGUCCAACACAGUCGAGGGUGCGAUGACGGUCGAAAUGACUGGUGUAGUGAAUGGGACGAUGACAGGUAGUCAUGCGUCCAAUAGUCCUGCACAGAGCCGAGAGCCUGUGGCAGUUGAUGGUGGGCUGACAGGAAGUCAAGCGCCACAAGAACCGGCACAGAGCCAAGAGCCUGGUGCGGUUGGAAGGAGUGCGUUAGCUGAGAUAGCAACGACACCUUCUUCCAGGUCAAAGGUCGUGGUGACUCGAAGAACGAGAACCAGACGUAUUAAGACGAUCAAGGGCACGUCGAAACGAGUGACCCUUGGAUCAGUCUCGGUCCAAGAGGACGGACCUACGAACGAGUUGUUCGAGGCCGUCGAAGACAAAAUGCUGGAGGCAUCCUCAGUUGAGGUGCUCCAACUUGUCUUGGCAUCUGCCGAGGAGAUAGUAAAUCUCUCGGAGAUGACGUGGGAUCUGUUCCUGUCCGAACUAAAGGAAGGAAAGAUCCACGAGAUAGUCGCACCAGUUCCAGAAGAGAACGUGAUGGACUGUUGCUCGUCGUCCACAAUGGACGAGAGCGUUUUGGAGACCGACAAAAAGAAACGGUAUGCUGCUCAAGGCUGGGAUGCCUUGAAGGACAGCCCGUUCUAUGAUGUUCUGUGGAAACACCGUGAUGUGUUUCCAGCAGAAGUGUCGAGCCGCCUACCGGCCAAUAGGGGCAUCAGGCACGAGAUUGACCUGGAGCCUGGCACCAAGUAUUGUGUGACCAGGCAAUGGCCGCUGCCGAAGGAACAAGUCGAUUACAUCGAUGAGUUCUUCGACAAGCGAGCUAAGGCGGGACAUGUACGUGAGAGCAAGUCGCCUCACUGCAGCCCGACCUUCUGUGUGCGUAAAGCAACAGGUGGAUGGCGCGUGGCUCAUGCUUAUAAUAAGCUGAACACGACCACCAUUCCGGCUCAAACGCCGAUCCCGCGGAAAGAUGUAUUGUUGAAUUCCAUGGGAAAGUCAACUAUCUUUUCCGCGUUGGAUCUGAAAGUUGGCUACUAUCAAGUUCUCGUGAAGAUACUGAUGUAG